UUAGUCCUCCAGCCCAGCAGGGGCGCUGUAGAGCACAUUAUUAGCUUACUGAGGACUGUCAGCCAUCUGCCGCAGUCAGUUCACACGAACGGAAAAUGGAGGAUUGACCGGAGAAAGAGCGAGGGCAUACCAUCGGUAUUCCUAGUUAUUAGAGCCUUUAACCUGCACCGAUACUGAUGAGAAGUCUUUGUUUUGCCUUAGGAAGAGCUAAGCUUCAGGAUUUGGCGAGGACGGUGAGCGAAACAGAAGAAUGUGGCCGAAAAAUUUGUAGAGGAGGCUGAUAAAUCAUCAAAAUCCGUGAUCUACUGUUGCAAACAGAGAUGCCCGUGGAAGUGACAGACAACUCCGAAAGCCGCUGUCCUGUCCGUCGAAGUGGCAGACAGCCCAAGCGUACUGACAAACUCGAGGAAUUUCUCUUAACCACCAAAAGAGCGACAAGAAGAAGCGCCCCGGCCGGCCUUGAAAGUGGGGAUCCGCCUUCCCAAACUCCAACUGACGCUGAAACCGCCUCCGAGGCCAGCUUCGAUGGGGACGCCGCGGUUUUAGACGACAAAGUAGAUUACCCUGAGAGGAGGACAAGAAGUAGCACACGGAGUCAGACUCAAAUGAAAACCCGAGGCGGUAGGCAGACCAGAGGACGCAGUCGAGCUGCUGCCAAAGAUGACGGGAGCUCAGAGAAUGAGGACGACAGCAUAAAUGUUGUCAAAAAGGAGAUCAGCAAGGAGGAUCAGGAUGGAGAGGUUGACCCCAGCUCUAAAGAAGGCAAUAAUGUCUCACAGACUCAGUUAGAAAAGGACUCUGAUAAUAAAGAAGCAGCUGAGGAGAGGAGCCAACCUGGAAGUAACAAUGAGAAAGAUGAAGUGAAGGAGGAGCCCCAUGAGCAGACGAGCGCCGCUGCAACACCGGCGAAAAAAGGACCGAUAAAGACAUACAUUAACAAAAAAAGAGCAGUGAGGAACGCCACGUCAGCCGCUGCGUCUCCUGCUGUCUUGGAAACAAAACUCAGGGCUAACCAAAGUGCUGUCAAAACCCGCAAGCCACAGGCGCAAGAUGAAGAGGACGACGAAGACGACGACGAUGAUUCUUCCACAUCUUCCUCGUCUUCUUCAACCGAGUCCGAGGAUGGAGGCUACGACCCCAACGCACUUUACUGCAUCUGUCGUCAGAAACACAACAAACGGUUCAUGAUCUGCUGUGACCGCUGUGAGGAAUGGUUCCACGGGGACUGUGUAGGCAUCACUGAAGCUCGAGGGCGCCUGAUGGAGAGAAAUGGGGAAGACUACAUCUGCCCCAACUGCACGGCCAAGAAAAACCAAGUGGUCAGGCCUGCUACGUCGUUCCUUUCCACCAACUCCGAGGCUGGAAAGGCCAAACCUGACGCUGCUUCUCCAGUCGGCGCUGCUGCUAUUGCGUCUUCUGCAGUCACUCCUACAAAUACAAACGCGAGCGGAGCGGUGUCCGGUCUGUCAGCUGCACAGGUCGUAGCAGCAGCUACACCUUUGGCUUCAGCAGGACCUGAAGAGAGGGGGUCCGAGGACAUGGGCAUCAAAGGCAGGAUAGAGAAAGCUACCAAUCCAACCGGGAAGAAGAAGAUCAAGAUCUUUCAGCCGCAGGCAGUGCAGCAGCCAGCUGAGCCUAAAGCAGACCCGAAGGCUGCAGCGACAGUGGAAAACAAGGCCUCGGCUUCAGCAGACCAGAGAGCCGCGGCAGACACGGAGCAGAAGAUCGCUUCCAACGUGGAGGUGAAAACCACCCCGACGGAGGAAGCCACCGAGGAGGAGUCCUCUCUCCCCAAAUGCAUCGGCCCCGGCUGCGACAACAACGCCCAGCCAGACUCGGUGUACUGCGGGAACGACUGCAUCCUGAGGCACGCCGCUGCAGCCAUGAAGUCCAUCACGGACGUCAAAGAGCCUCAGCAGAAGACCAACACUCAGAAAAACAAGUCCACACCACAGAGGAGUGGUGCUGGUGGCAAGAGAGCCCAGAAGACGGCCCGGGACGAGUCGGACAGCGAGGACGACGUCAGCCCCGAUCCAGACGAGGACGACGAAGACAAGCAUGCCGUGGAACACCCGCCGCCGCCCGCCACUGCGUCCUGGUCCAGCGACCAUAAUUACAUUGCAGUGACACCAGAAAAGACUGCACCCAUAUCAUCAACCGUGUUAAACAAAAAGUCAUCUCCAAGAGAAGAGAAGCCAAGUGAGAAGGAGCAGAAGGAGAAGGACACGACCCCACCUCCUGGAAGGCCCUCCUUAAGAUCUUCUUCACAGGCCAAAGGAAGCACGAAGCCCCCACCGAUGAAGCCGGCCAAGGUUUCUCCGAAGGGCAAGAAGCCUCCGCCUCAAGCGGCGCCUUCGAAGGCAUCCAAAAAACCUGCUGCAGCUUCGACCGCUGUUGCCACAAAGUCUAAAAAACCAGGCUCGACAGCGGCCCCGUCUCCUUUCCCCCCCGGCCCCAUCCACGUCACCGGAGCGCUCCGAGUCACCAAGUCCAACUUCACCAUUCCAAAGAAGCAGCCGCAGCCGCAACCGAAAGAGUCCAGCAGCAACAGUCCGUCCGGUUCAUCGUCCAGAGUACCGUCAUCUCCGGUCUCCUCGACUCCCCCCAGCCACUCCUCCUCCUCCAGACCUCCACAUCCAGCGGUUUCCGCGCCUCAUGUUCCCCCCAUGCCGCCUCCACACAACAAACAGAUGAGGACCAACAUUCGCCGCUCGCUGACGGACAUCCUCUACAAGAGGGUGAGUGACAGUGAUGAUCUGAAGAUGACAGAGAAUGAGGUGGCGAAGCUGGCAUUCGCCAUUGAGAGGGAGAUGUUUAACCUCUGCCUCAGCACAGACAGCAAGUACAAGAACAAAUACAGAUCCCUCAUGUUCAACCUGAAGGAUCCCAAAAACAAAGGCUUGUUCUACCGGGUUAUAGGUGGGGAGGUUACUCCCUUCAGACUGGUGAGACUAAGUGCUGAGGAGUUGCUCUCCAAGGAGAUAUCUGAAUGGAAAAAACCUGAAGCUGCUGAGACUCAGUCUCCUGGCGCUAGAGCCCAUUCAGGGCCGUCAAAAGUGGGCAACAGGCACGAUUCCAGCUCCCACAGCGUCGAUACAGAUGAUGCGCCGCCGACGUCUGAUGCUGAUGUAUGUAUCACUGGCACUGCUUCAUCUUCUCACGUGGCUUCUGCUACAGACCAGGAUGACUCUGGCUCCACGCCUUCAGUUCAGUCCUCCGCUGAGCCCAACAGUGGAAACAGCAUGCCCGACGUUUUCAGCAGCAUGCUUAAAGACACGACGGCUGAACACAAGGCUCAUCUGUUUGACCUGAACUGUAAAAUAUGCACAGGGCAGAAAAUGGAAGAUGAACCUGCAGCUAAAAAGUCCAGACUCACUAAAAAGCCUGAAUCAAAGCCGCUUCGACAAGAUUCACUUUCAAGGCCAGGAGACGUUUCUCCUGUCAUCCAUUCUCAAACCUCUGCAGCAUCCCAGCACCAAGAGCCAUCGACGCACCAGGCUUCAGCCUCGGCGGCCUACCAGCCCAGUGUGGAGCCGGCUGUUCCCGAAUCGCAGCUCCAGCUUUAUCAGGAGGACCUGAACAUGAUGGCUCCUCCAGCCCAGGCCCCGGCACCCGUGGCCCCCGCCGUCUCCUCCGUCACCAUCACUCGCAGAGAUCCCCGCAUGGCCAGGCACAGCUCCGGGGUGACGGUCAGCUUCCCCACCGCAGAAAAACCCACCACCACUGCAGCCGAGAUGCCUCCAGCUCCAGUUAUCACUUCGGUUGAGGUUGGACCAAAAGCCCCCCUGCCGCUGCCUCCAGCUCCCCCGCCUCCAGUGGCUACAGCCAAACUAGCAAAAUCAAGUUCAUCUGAGCCUCCUCCCGAGGGGGAAACGGCAAUCUUCCUCCAUGGUCAAGACAAAAUCUGGAAAGGUUUCAUUAACAUGCCGUCAGUCGCAAAGUUUGUGACCAAGGCGUACCUCGUCUCUGGAGCCUUUGAACACCUGAAGGAGGAUUUGCCAGACACGAUUCAAGUCGGAGGCAGGAUCUCGCCGAACACAGUGUGGGACUACGUUGGGAAGCUUAAAACGUCUCUUUCCAAGGAGCUGUGUUUGAUCCGUUUCCACCCAGCGACAGAGGAAGAGGAGGUGGCAUACGUCUCUCUCUUCUCUUACUUUAGCAGCAGGAAGCGAUUUGGUGUGGUGGAAAAAAACAACCGCCGUAUCAAAGACCUCUAUCUCAUCCCACUGGGCUCAAAGGACCCAUUACCCUCCAAAUUAUUACCAUUUGAUGGGCCAGGACUUGAACCAGCCCGUCCCAACCUCCUCCUGGGAUUGCUGAUCUGCCAGAAGGACAGAAAGCGUGCAGGUGCUCCCAUAGAAACUGAGGAAAAGCGGUUGAAGAUCCAGACAAAAGAUGCAGACGACACUGGUCCUCUGAAAGAUCCUGCCUCACUCAAAGCAGAAAGAAGCUCAAGGCAGAGUCUUGAAAUCCCCUUCAGUACGACUCCUCCAGGGUCACCUCCGCCCAGCUCCGCUGAGAUUUCGAGCAGCACUGCUGGCACCGCCUCAGUUCUUUCCCUGUUGUCCUCUAUCAAAGCUCCAGCCUCAUCCGCUGCCACAGGCAGGGACUCCCCAACAUCUUCCAGCUCCAUGGCAGCUGCAGCCAAUGCCAGCCCCCUUCAGACCAUUCUCAAGACUCUUUUUGGGAAGAAAAACUCAGACGCUUCCAACUCUCCGUCCGAUCAAGGCGGAGAACAAUCUGCUCCGACCUCUACGCUGUUGGAUCCUAUUGUGAGACAGUUUGCACAGAUUUCUAAAGAGACAUCAGUGGAUGAAGAUGAAGAUGAUAGACCGUACGAUCCGGAAGAGGAAUAUGAUCCUGGCCACGGCUAUAAUGAGCCUAAGAGGUCUACGGAACCAGUAACCAAAGCCGAAGUUUCUCAGCAGCCUGAAGUUGGAUCAAGUGAAGCGGAUGAUGUGGCAUAUGACCCAGAAGACGACUCUAUAUUUGAAGAGGUCAAGAUGACGGUUCCAGGUCAAGUGAAGGCGACACCUGAAUGCAUGGCUGAUCCACAAAAGAUUCUGGAGAGCCUUAAACAGAUUGGGGACCAAAUCCCCUCCAGCCCACCCACUAAGUCGCUUUUGGUGAACACUCAGCUACUUCAGCUUGGCAAAAAGGUUGAGGAACUAGUUAAAUCCUCGUCAGUUGCUCCCUUGAUCAGCCAACGACGAGAUCCCAGGCAGAUGAAGGAUCCUCGCCAGGCCGAUGACAGCAGGAAGUCAUCAGAGGAGAAAGAGCAGACAUCUGCUUCGUCGUCAGAGCCCGUCUCUCUGCCACAGCCUGUGGUAGAAGAGCCAAAGUUGCCUGUGACAGCCGAGGUGGCAGAGCCGCCACAAGACAAGGAGACGUCUCAGACUCCAGAGGAAAAGCAAAGCGAGACGUCAUUGUUCCUGGACUCGGAUAAGACAGAGGUCUCCAUUCCUUUAUUAGGAGAGGUGGUGGAACCUGAUAUGGAGGUCAACUAUAUGGAUGAAAAAGAAGUAAAACCUGAGAAAACUGAGCCAAUUGAACCUGAAACAGAUCUGGACAAGUACAGUAUUUGGCCUAAUGCUGCCAGUAUUUUAAAAGUUGCUGAGGAAACUGAGUAUGAGAUGAACAGCCAAGACACGCCAGCGAAUAGCUAUUUUAACGAGCCUACAAAUACUUCCACAAUAACGUCCGCAAUCCCGGUACUUGCUCAAAGCACGAUGGCCGAUGCCCAUUCACAUCACAUGCCACAUCAAAUGUCAGUGUCGCGCUUUGACAACGAGUACAGGCCCUCAGCUGACAUUCCUUCACAGUCCAACUUCCCACCUUCCCAUCCCAUGCAAGGACAAAAUCUGAUCAUGAGGCCUCCGCCAGCAUCUAUGAUGCCAUCCAUGCAGGGUCUUCCCCCAAUGUCGGCUCCUGUUUCAAUGCACGGUCCUCCCCCACCCAUGCGUGUCCCUCUCCCCGGACAUGGCCGCCCUCCCAUGCAUGGUGACAGCAGUCAGCAGUUUGGCCCUCCUCCAACUUCAUACACUCCGUAUCAGAGUCAGUGGCCAGGACCUCAACCACAGCUGCAGCAGCAGCAGCUGCAGCAGCAGCCUCCUGGACCAUCACCUCAAAAUAUUGUGGCACCCAGAGGACCACCUCCAUUCCCUCAAAUGGCUCAAAGAGGCCACCCUCCUCAAAUGUUUGAACCAUCCAUCCAACCAUCCAUUCCUCCACAGCACAUUGCACAACAAGGGCCCCCUCCAGGACUCUCCCUACCUCCUAAUCUGGCUGGACAGGUCAACUUACCUCCACCAAGAUUCAGUAGUCCUCUGCCACAGUUUAAUUUUCCUGCCAACAGAGGCCCUCCACCGCCUUUUACAGCACUGCCACCUGGUCCCUUUGACAACAAGCUCCCCCCACCAAACCUUUUCCCUGGUUCCAGAGGUCCCGCUCCAUCCCCCUAUGGUGACCGUGGGACUCAACCUCCAAUGGUUGACCAGCCUCGAGGACCGGGAGACCAAUAUAACAAAGAGCCUCCGAAUAUGUCCUUGCAAAUGAAUAUGGACCAGAGUCCUAACACUCCCCAUAUCUUUAAAGAUGGUCAGGGCAAUCCACCAGGUCAACCCUACCGGGGACCUUUGCCUAACCAGUAUGAAGACAGAAGAGUUGGACCUCGUAGUGGGGACGUCGGUGGACAGCUCUUCAGUCCACAUAAUCAGUUCGGAGGCUCCAGACUGUCAUCCUCACCUCCGCACCGAGGAUCAUAUGAAGAGCACCGAGGUCUUCUACCUCAGGACAGCAGACCUCACUCUUCUCAGCCCUUCAGAGGAUCGGAGGGGUAUCGCUUUGAGAGACUCUCUGAUGAGAAUAGACCUGUCCGUCACAGUGGGCCACUGCUGCCAACCCCUGCAGAGGCCCCACUCGUUCCCCCGAGUCGCAUCGGUGUCCAUAACUCUGACCUACACAGGGAGGACCGCUGGCGUCGCCACUCUCCUGAAAUGAGGAGAAGGAGCAGCUCUACCCUUGAGGACUCUGAACCUCGCAUUGGAGAUCGUUUCAGUCGCUUCGAAGGAGGAAACAGAGAAAUGGGUCCUGGCUCCUUGCAGCCGCCUGAAGAGAGACAGAGGGAGUUAUCAGAGGACCGCCGUAGAGAAAAAGAGAGAGAAGCCCCUCACGGAGGGAGACCCUCGUGGGACAGAGGGCAGGGGAAGCGCUGGAGCCGAGAGCGAGAGUGGGACAGAGGCAGAGAGCGCGACAGGGAACGGGAUCAGGAGCGGAGCCGAGAACGGGACCGCAGCCGAGAGCGAGACCGCAGCCGGGGCCGGGAAGGCGAGCGGCACAGGGAGACCGAGGGAGAGCGACACAGGGAUCAGGACCCAGACAAGAGGAGAGACAAUCGGGACAGAGACAGGGAAAGAGAAAGGGACAGAACCAGGGACUCGGACAGGAGAGACAGCGACCGUGACAGAGCGAGAAAUCGCGACCGAGAUCGGGAACGUGAUCGCGACAGGAAACGGGACAGAUCCAGAAGCAGAGAGCGGGACCGAGACCGGGAUCGCGGUAAAGACCGGACCAGGGACAGAGACCGAGACAGGGACCGAGAAAGAGAUCGGGACAGAGACCGGGAGAGGGACAGGAACAGAGACAAGGAGAAGGAGCGGGAGAGGGAUCGGGACAAAGACAAAGACAAAGAUCGACGAGAAAAAAGCAGAAGCAGGGAAAAGAAAGAAGAGAAAAAGGACAGUAAACAUGAUGCGCGCAAGGAGAGUGAUAAACCUGCAGAGAAUGUGAAAAAGGACUCAUAGCUGCUCUUCUUGGACAACGUGGCUCUAAAACUUUUCGGGAGGUGGGAAAAAAAUCAUUGUCGAUGUUCAGUAUUUGGUAAAAUUUUCACAGAUGUGUUCUUACAAGAACAAAACACAUUUGACUGUUUUUUUUGUCACUCGAAGCUUUCAGAGUUUAUUACUGUUGAAGCGCAAAGAACUGAGACAUUUUAGUUGCUUGUGUACAAAACGUGUAAGUAGGCUAUUCAGUCUGUGUCCCUUGCUGAAGCAAUUUUU